AUGGAGCAGCCGAAAGUUACGCUGUCACAUGUGUGUAAGGUCGUGAUCAUCAACGAGAGCGAUGCGAACUCGGCAACAUAUCGAUCCUUGCUAUCACUGGAAUUAUCUUUGCCUGGACCGGGUGGAUCUCCCGUGGCCCGCUCGUAAGCCUCCCUGAAUUUAAUUGCCUGCUUUGGACAUCUUCACGUCGGCACAGACAACAUCCCUGGAUGCUUUGAGCAACCGCUGUUGAAGCAAACUCAACAGACAGCAGAGACGCAGGCUGGUGAAUUCCAAGUGGUCAGCCGUUUUGAUAAUCUGGCGGCGGAUAGGGUUUACUCGGGAUAGCGUGAAGCCAUACGCUUCUCAUCGGACACCGAUAUUGUGAUCUGUGGCUUCGGGAUGUUCGGUGGACGCGGGGAGUACAGUUGCAAGCUGAAGCUCUUCGAUUUGGGCGGCGAUGGUGGAGGCUAUGAGAAGGAAGGCAUUCUAAUCAGUGAGACCAAGGAGGUGCCGUACGAGUGUGGCGCCGGGAGUAAACAUCAUAUCCUUCUGCCCAAACCGGUUAGUGCAGUGGCUGGAAGGUGGUACCUGGUGUGGGCUCUUGCAGGUCCCUCCUCCGAUUGCGGAUCGUGUGGCCAGGCUUCAGUGACCACCGAAGAUCAGGUGGUCUUCUCCUUUAAGUCCAGCAAGAAAGCCAACAAUGGUACCGAUGUCAAUUCUGGUCAGAUACCGGCCAUUCUGUAUCGUCUGGUUACUCAGGAUUGCAAGCAGACACCGGCCCAAAUGGACGCCGAUCGGCAGCGUAUUUCCCGGGCCUUCGCCAACAGCGUGAGUCGGGAGUGCUUCGAGAGUUUAGUGGUCUUGCUUAGUUGGUCCCGGGAUUGCUUCAAGUUGCAGCUGCGCGAGGGAGCGGGACCGUUCCUACCAUUGCAGCUGCAGCAGUCGCUUCAGUACCUCGGCUAUGUCAUCAAGUCAUGUCUGCGCCUGCUUCGCAAGUACACCAAUGAGAUUUAUCCGCAGAGGAACUCCUCCACGUCAGUGGGAACUGGUGGUAGCUCUAUUGCAGCUCAUGGUAGUGGCGUAGUGACCACUGCCAAGAUGAUCCAGUCUAAGGCAAACAAAGAUAAAAAUGCUCCUCGUGUUGUGGGCAAUGGUGCCGUAAUGGCCAAGUACUUUGGUGACCCAUCACCUUCGGUGGCUCCAGCCAUGAUUAGCAGUGGCGGAAGCGGAGGAGCACCAUCCACAUCAGCUUCGGCAGCGGCGGCACCGGGCAGCGGAACUCCUAUGACUCGGAAGACGAAUAUGGAGAACAUACAGCUGGCGGAGUGUAUUGGCAAUGUUAGGGCCCUGCUGAUUGGCAUCUUUUGUGAUGACAUCUUCAAGGAUAUAGCCACGGACGAGGGCUAUGAACUCUCACUGGAGAUCUUGGACGAGUGUCAUCUGAGCUUUGAGGCCUGUUUCGAUGCAUUCUAUCCGACAUCCUCGCUGAAGUGGAACUGCCUGUGCGAUUUGCUCGCCCAGAUGGAUCGUGGAGCAUUGCAUUCCCGCCUGUUAAGUGCCAUUCUCGCAGGACUCUGUUCUCCAUCGGUGAAGCUCAGGGCAACAUUCUCGCUUCUCAAUGCAGCUGGAAACGAACGUCAGUCGAUUAUCAGUCCCAGCGAUAAUUCUGGCUUGCCCAUGCUCUCCUCCACAGAUACACAUCCGUAUCCAGUGCUAGUGGAGCAAAUGAUCUACCGCACGCAGCAGGAGAAGAGCGAUUUUCUAAGUAAUUCCUGGACAUUUAAGGAUGUUCUUGUACGUCUGUUGGACAUAAUCGCUAGUCCCAUACGUUCCCGCAUCGAAACGAUUUACAGUCGGAGUCUUGGAAGUCUUGGAGGCAGUUAUCCAGGUGGCAAGGAGUGUGUUAAUCAGGGAUUAAUAGACAACUGUUGUCAUCUGCUGGCCAGAGUUCUGGCUGAGAUUGUCUAUCAAACGGCGAUGGGUGAAUAUGACAAGCUGUUCAUGCCUCCAAGAACGCUACAUUCAACGGGAGCUCGCUUUGCCCGCUGCGAUGUGAGUCGCACCUGGAAUACGGGAAACUUUGGACCCGAUGCUAUUGCCUUUGCCGUGGAUCGACCUGGUGUGGCCAUAGCUGGCGCCAUGGUUUACUCGGGAUCCGGAAGCUAUGACUAUCAGUUGGAGUUGCUGUAUGAUAAUACGGCAGAUUUGCAGCCGCAGCACAAGUGGGAGACCCUGGAAUCGGUAUCGGGAAGCUACGAUCAGGAUGCCGUUCAUAACGAUCUGGCGGAGAUUAAGUUCGAUCAUCCAGUGCAUAUCAAGGAGAAUGCUCGCUACGCUUUAAGGCUGUGCUCGCAGGGGGCGCGCACUUGUUCUGGGGAUGCCGGAAUGCCAGCAGUUCGAGGACCAUGUGGCGCCCAGUUUCAUUUCUAUGCCUGUGAUCUGAGCUUCAAUGGAACCACUCCAGCCAGGGGUCAAUUACCCUGCAUUCUGUACUAUAGCACACCCAUGAAACAGGAUGGAAACUCGGCUAGCGGACGAGCUGGUGAUGGACCCAAUGUCGCAACUCAUAUGGAGGAGAGGAUGAUGCUGCUUGGACCGCAUGAGGUCUCCACACGAGAUACAGCUCUGCAAAUCGCCGCUGAUAUUACCAAGAAAUGUACUGAACUACUGAUCCUGGCCAGAAAUGCCAUGGCUGCAUCUUGUUCGCCCUCCGAUAAUAGUUCAAAUCACACACAGACCAUCGAUUCCGAGCACAAUAUCACGCCCAUCGAGGAGCACAUGGACAUCAAUUGGGCAAAUAAUUCAAGGACAGCUGCCCUACCCACGGCUAUCGAUCCUCAGCUGUCCACGGCCAGGGAUUUGGGCAAACGCAUCGAGUCCUUUUCGAAGGGUCUAAUGGAGACCCUAAAGUUUGACAAGCGAUCUACCAAUCCCUUCGAGAUGGAAAUCGAGAUUGGCGCCACCGAAGUGGAGGAAUCGGCGGAUUUAAGGAAUGGCCAAAGCCAGAGCCAAAGCCAAAGUCAGAGUCAAAGUGUUCCGAUUAAUGGCAAUGAGAGAACCACGGAUUUCGAGAUCGCCGAACAACCAGCUCAGCAGUCGAUGCUACAGCAUCUGCACUCCGAUUCGGAGGAGGCUCCGCUGGAGGUGGCCGGCAUGGCUGGUGGCGGAGUAAGUGUGGCAGGUGGAUCGGCUGGAGGAGGAGGUGUUAGCAGCCAAGUGGCUGCCGUGCAACUCCUGGAGGUCUUCAAUCUGGCCGCCUCCAAUAUGUUCCAUACAUUACUCCCACUGGUCUAUGCACACAUUGCCAAUCUGGCGUGCAGUGAUCCGAAGAGCUCCGUCCAGAUUUUGGGUCUUAUCAAGGAGAUCCUGCCACAUAUCGCUGCCCUGAAUCAGUUGCACGUGUCCAAGGAUCAACGUCAGCCGGAACCGGCACUCUUUGCUACACAGACCUCCAAUUCUGGCUCCAGUUCGAGUAGCACCACCAGUAACCACUAUUGUUUGGUGGAGAGUGAACAUCCGUACAGGAGUGCCAGCAUCAGUAGCUAUCGCGUGGAAUUCCCACCCUGCGUUCAGUGGCUGACCAUCGAGUUUGAUCCGCAGUGUGGCACAGCUCAGCUGGAGGAUUACCUGCUUUUGUCGAUUCCCAUGCGUCCAGCAUCACAGGCUCCGCCAGUGCCGCAUGUGGAUGAUUAUCUGGAGCAGGCGGACAAUGUACAGGGUGCGGCUGAUAGAAGACGCACAACUGGCGGCGGAAUCGCUGGCAGUGGAGCAGCACCAAAUACACACCAACGCUCUGCUAGUGUCCAAUUGACCAUGGCCAGUUGUUGUCGCAGUCCAGGGGGUGGCAAUGCUCCGGGAUGUGCUACGGCCCCAAGUUUGACUCCUCUACGCAGUCAGGAUCCCAAUGACAGGGAGUGGAUUGUGGUGAAGAAGUUCAAUACGGCCUCCACUUGGCUUCACAAUGUCCUCAUCCUGCCCGGCAACUGCGUGGAGUUCUCUUUGGAAACAGCCUCACUGUAUGCUCAGGAUCCGCACAACAAUCGCUGUGGCUUUAAGUGCCUAGUGGUUGGCUAUGACAAUCCCACAUCGAUUAAUGCCAGCAAUUCGUGUCUAAUAAGACUGGAACAGGAGUUGGCCUAUUUGGGUGGCAUGUGCAGUGCCAAUCUGAUGAAGAAGGAGCUUAAUUUACCAGAUGACAAGGAUGUGGAGGAUAUGAGCGGCGUGGAGGAGACCAUCAAUGCCCAUCAUACACUGCUCUCUAAAGGAUUUGCUCUAUCUGAACCCCAGUUGACAGUGCAUCAGGCCUUGGAAUCAUAUCUGCCCAUCGGUUCCCAAUCGAAUGAGCGUCAGUUUCUCAAGGACUUUAUCAGCGGAGCGCCAGGUUCGUCGGGUGCCCGUUUGGCUGCCUGGUUACAGCCCGAGUCUCGACUAGAUCCCAAUAAAUGUGAGCUGAACACGAUUACGGAGCCACUGCGUUAUGGUUGGCCCUCUCAAGUGACGGUCACCAUACGAGAUCAGUACGGUGAUGCGGUUCUGGUGCCAGAGCUCAAGGUGGAGAUCAAGGCGAUACCCACGGGAUCAGGUCCAAAUGGAAGCGUAACCGGAGUUGGAACAUCCGGAGUCUCAGCUGCUGGAGUAUCUGCACCAGGUCCGAAUCUGUGGAUGCGUAGAGCCUCGGGCGACACCUGGGGAUGGGGCGGAAUGGCGCCACCACCGCGUCUCAACUACGAGCCCACCUCCAAGGAGAAAAUGGUCUUCAAGGCCAUCACUUUCAUGAAGCCCUUCACCAACUAUUCAUUCGAGGAGUUACGAUAUGCCAGUCCAGUGCAAACUCGGAUCACAGAACUCCUUAACGCCAAGGAUAUGGAGGAUGGCACCUUCAGUGUCCAAUGGACGCCCAGUUCUGUGGGUGCCUACUGUCUGGCGGUGACCAUCGAUGGUAUUCCGCUGGAGGAGGUCUAUCGCGUGGAUGUCAAAGAGGGAAUUCUGCCGCCACCAACUCAGAGGAGCAGCGCCCAGCGAAGGCCACAGGCACCUAGUAAACUGCGUCGGUAUCAGGCACGUCAUAGUUCCGGAUUGAGGAUUCGAUCCCAUCCCACGCUGCAGUCGGAACAGGUGGGCGUGGUGCGGGUGGGCGGAGUGAUCUCGUUCAUCGACGAGAUUGAAAACGAUGAUGGUGUCUGGCUGCGUCUGUCCACGGAGUCCAUACGACAGCACUGCACCAUGGGCUGGUAUCCAACGGAGGCGUGGUGUCUGCAGUUUAACCAACAUCUGGCCAGGAUGCUCCUCCAGCCGGUCACAGAUAAAGAGGUCAACCCGGUGCGAAAGGGAGUGGCGGCCGAAGAAGAGGAGGAAGAGCCACCACCCGCCAGUCCAACGGGCAGUGGCGAAGCAAGUCCCGAACCGGAACCGGAUCCAAGUCCAGUCCUCAGUCCAGCCAAAUCGAAGCCAGGUCGCUUUUUGGCCGGUCACCAGUCCACGAAUCCCUUUCUGUAUCCCUCCAAGCAUGCUGAUCUCGCGGAGCGAGAAGCCCAAGUGCAGGAGGAACGUGAAAAGGAGGAGGAGCAGGCGCAGGACGAUGAUGCCGAUGAUCGGGAACCGGAACAGGAGGCACUGCCCGCCGUUGAGCUACUACCAGCCCACAUAGGCUCAGCCAUAGCUGGGGUUGUGGGCGGUGGAGCCAUCAAGUUGCAGGCCCUGCAAAAGUGGUUCAAAGGCGAUGCCGUGGAGGGAGCCCAACCACUGACCCCCUCUCAUUCGCCUCCUCUAGCCGGAGUGUCGGUAAGGGAACUGGUACGGGCCAUGGGCGGUCAGGACUCGCAGCGUGGCAACGGCAAUAGAAACCAGCAGGAACAGGAGCCGGAAUUCAGCUUGGCCAGCAUGAGGAGACCCAAUUACUCGGCCAGUCAAACGGCGGCGCUGCUUUCCACACCCAAGCAUACGCCUAAACGGAGUGCUGUUAUGCCUGCGGAAACGACUGGCUUGGAAGAUGACCUAAGUCUUCUGCAGAUCACCACCACCACAACGGGUCAGGGGGAGCAGCAGAGUGAACUGCAGCUGGCCACCACUUCCACGGCCUCGUCGGCAUCCAAGAGGAACACCAUGGGUCCAAUCAAGCGAGCCAUGCCUCCAUCGUUUGCGGAGAGCAUCCGGGCGGUCUUUGCUGCCCUCCUUUGGCACGAAGGCGUAGUCCACGAUGCCAUGGCCUGUGCCAGUUUCCUUAAAUUCCAUCCGGGCUUACCAAAGGAAGGCGCCACAGUGGUCACACGACGCGGCGAGGCCGGAGAUCCCAGGCUGCAGCUUUCAAGGGAACAGAAGGCCCAACAGCGACACUCCGUGGAGGUGGCCAAUGCUGGUAACUACCUGAACAUCCGACCCAGCACUUUGGAAACCCUCACCAAGAGUGGAAACUGUUCGCUGCAUAAUCGGAGCAAGUACCGCAAGAAUUUGCUUAGCGGCGGUGGUGUCAUGAAUCCCGGCGAGGAUCCGGCUCAGAAGCUGCAGGCUCUGCCCGAAUUGGUAAGCGUCUUGCCGCCAGCUCUUCGAUGUCUCGUCUAUCUGUGGGAACAGAUCUGUUCCGGUUGCGUUCAAAUUGUCCAGUCGAAUGCCUUGGAACAAAGGGAACCUCGAUUGCUGUCACCCGGAAGUCGGGAUCUCAACGGAGAUACUGAUAACGAGGGCAAGGAUGGCAAAUGCUCGGAGCAGGGAUCCGGCGGCGAGAAGGAUCUGGGCAGAAAAUGUAAGCGCAAGAAGAAGGAUGAUGGCAGUUGGUGCGAAAUCUGCGAACUAUUCCUGCCCAUGCCAGUGACCUACCACAUGAGGAUAGCCCAUCCGGGCUGCGGGAAAUCAGCCAAGGGUAAGGGCUAUAAUUCCGUGGGCAUAUUCUGUGAAGGAUGGGCUGGUAACUGCGGUGAGGGUGGCAAGGGAGCCUCUUCGUGGUUCCUAAUGUGCGAUCCCUGCCGGGAUCGGUAUCUCGCCUCCUGUCGCAGCGCCAACAACAUCAACAGUGCUGCCCGCCAGUUGGAGUCCAGUACCACGGAAGGCAACGAGCUGAAUCUGUUUGGAGUAAAGUCCACCACCCUGAUAGCCAAUGCUGAGGUGUAUACCACGAUGCGGGAGAACGCCACAUUCCUGCUGGAGCUCUGUUCCAGCUCAAGUUCUGCAUCUGGGGCAGCUGGCAACCUGACCUCCAGCAAUACCAAUGCCAAGCGAUCACCACAGCAGAUGUCUGUCGUGGCCAUGCCCGUGGUUAUCGAGCACCAGCUGGGCAACUCUGAUCUCAAGCCAAGCACCAGUCGAUGCAGUCGGAUGGCUCGAUUAAGCGGUUCCAAAUUCUGUCCAGGAGUCGGUAGCGGAGCGUUCCGCAAGAGCUUCGUCGGUGGACCACCAACAGCGCCGGAGAACGUUUGGUUGGCUCCAGAAAGCUUCGCUUGCCUAGAGUGCCUUGGCACGGCUGGACACGAGGAUCUACCUUACGAAAUGUUUGGACUGGGUCCCAACUCUAAUGAUAAUGGCUACGAUAGGCCGCUUUCGGAGAUCUCCUAUGAGUCCUGCGAACCGAAUAACUAUGAGCUGCUUUCAGGCUCUUUGGCGCCUGGAUCUACAGUCGCUGGCGGAGGUCCAGGCUCAGCGGGCGGUGGUAAUCUAUCCAAGUUCCAUCGCAGCUAUUCAAUGGGCCAAGGCUGGGCGUCACUGGCCCAACAUAACCACCCGCCACAGCAGCACCAUCAGCAACAGCAACACAACCAGCAGCAACAGAUGCACCUGCAGCUCCAGCAACAUCAGCAGCCUCCCGUGGAGGGUCAACCGAAGGUCGUCUACAGGCGGAGAAACAAUUCCACUAGCGAAGGCGAUGGAUCCCUACUAAUUUGCUAUCCAUCGGAUCAUCUGCGUCGCCUGGUGCCGCACAAGCUGUUGGCCAGUGUGUCCGUUAUGCAGACCGUUGCCAGCGAAGGAACCAGCAAAGAUCAUUCAUCUGGCACGUUGGGCUUGGAUCAGUCGGCUGGACAAAAUGGUGGUGGCAAUCUAUUGCUCACCCGUCCUGCCAUGGCAUUCAUUACUCAAAAACACGAACUGGAUAGACUCAGGGCAGCCAUGCGAAGAAGCUUGCGGAUAGCUGCCUGUAGAAUAUAUGCCCUGCAAGCUCUUAACUGGCUCCUGAGAAGUGUCACCCAGGGUGUGUGCCUGCACGAUCUGAUGUGGUGGUUUGUCAGCUCACUGACUGCCACUGGAGGUCAUCAGCCAGAGGGCAGGGGCGAGGAAGCCGCCGAGCCGGCACUGGAACAUCCGGUGGCCUACACCCAAAUCAGCGGCAGAUUCGCCCAUCUAAUCACGCAAUCCUUACACGUGCUCCUGCAAUCAGUGGCAGAUCUUACUCUCCACUUGCCCCUCGGAUCACCCUUGCAACGGGUAGCCAUUCAGUGCUUUGGUAUCCGUUUCCGUCAGGCAGAUCACCAGUUCCUCCACAGUUCACAUGUAUUUGGUAACAUCUCGAAGAUACUGUCCAAGUCGGAUGAACAGAACGAUGCCAUGGCCGUUUCAACGCUCCUCAAGCCCGACUGCGAUGCAGAGCACAAUCAGGUACAUCCGGUAGCAACGGGAGGAUCAGGAGCAGGAGCUCGGCUCCUUUGCUAUACAGACCUGGCUGGAAUGUUUGAGGUAACAGUUUCCUCGCGUCCAGCCAUGGCGGAAUCCCUGACCGAUAACUCAACGGAGACCUUCUGGGAAAGCGACGAGGAGGAUCGCAAUAAGUGCAAGAUCAUCGAGCUGUCACUGACCAAGCUUAACUACGCCUGUCGCUAUCUGCUCGUCCACAUCGACAAUAGUCGAGAUAUUCAGAACAAGGUCCUCAACGUGGUUUUCUAUGCCGGCCAAUCGCUGGGCGAUACCAAUGUAAUCAAGUCGGCGGAUGUGGAUCCAAAGGCCUGCUCUUGGAUUUCUGCGAAGAUUUGCGAUGAUAGCUGCACGCAUUUCCGUUUGGAGCUUCAUGGACCGGAGAAUACAUUGCGUGUACGCCAAAUCAAGUUACUUGGCUUGCCAACGGGAGGAUCACAUGGUCUGGAGGAUCCCUCGGAUCACAAGCACCAGCAACAUCUGCGUUUGAGUCAUGCCUCUCGCAUCCAGCAGCAGAUUUGUGAGGCGGAAACUUUGAGAGUUUUCCGCUUGAUCACCGGUCAGGUGUUUGGCAAACUGAUAAGCAAUGUGGGUUCGGAUUUAGUGCCACCAGAUUCGGCGGGCAUAGGGCCACCAAGCAGUGGAGCAGCCAGUACUUCCUUGUUAGCCGAUUCUCUGGAUCUUAGGGAGCACAUGGUGGGAAUUCUGUUCUCGCGUAGUAAACUGUCCCAUCUGCAGAAGCAGGUCAUCGUACACAUUGUCCAUGCCAUUCGCAAGGAGGCGCAGCGGGCUAAGGAGGAUUGGGAGCUGGUCAAUCUGGCACAUGUCCUAAAGCAGCCACCCCAAUCUGUGCAAUCCGUGCCAGCCCCCGCUUCAGCCAGUAGUGAAAGUUCACCGGAAAGAAGUCGAGCUCCGGAUACCUAUUGCUUCGAGAUGCUCAGCAUGGUCUUGGCUCUGUCGGGCAGUGUGGUUGGUCGCUCGUAUCUCUCCCAGCAACAUGGCUUGCUAAGGGAUCUCUUGGGACUUCUGCACACCGGCAGUGAUCGAGUGCAGCGACAGGUUACGGCUUUGUUACGCCGUAUCCUUCCAGAAAUAUCACCCGAGAGCUUCGCUGAGUUACUGGGAGUACAGAGAUUACCACCAGCUGAUUAUAGUAUCGCCCAUCAGUCAGCCAGUGAUUUUGAUAUGAGUCGCCUGGGGCUGCUGGAUAUAUUCCUGGCCGUAAUUGCCAAGUCCCUGCAGUUGCAGGUGAAGGUAAAAACAACAGCAGCUUCUGCCGGAGGAUCUGGAUCUGGAGGCUCAUCGAGUGCUGGAGCUGCCCUCAAGGCGGGCCAGCAGGAAAAGACCCCGGCCUUUGUGAGACUCUGCAGUUCGCUGGAUCUUUCUGUGCAGCAGCUGAGAUCAAGACCGCCCACCGGUGAGCCUGGAGGACCUGAUCCCUUCCAGUUUGAGGUCGUGCCACCAAGGAAGGAAUCAAAACGAAAUCUUAACCAGCGGUGGUUCUUAAACGGAGUCAUCUCCACCAAACAGGCGGAGAGCAUUAUCGGUCUCAUUAGAGACUUGGCCAGCGGUAAGCUCAGCGAGAAGUGGUCACAGAUCACCAAGGCAGCUAUAGCUGAAUCUGUGUUGAAUCUUACCCGGCUGGAGGAGAUUUACCGCUCGCCAGAGCACUGCACCAAGACCUCAACAUUGUGGCUGGCAUUGGCCAGUCUGUGUGUCCUAGAGCGUGACCACGUAGAGAAACUGUCAUCCGGACAAUGGUCCAAGCUAUGCGAUACGCGUCCAUUGUGCAGCAACCAUGACGAUGGUGAAACGGCAGCCAUCAUCCAGUGCGAGACCUGUGGAUCUCUCUGCGGCGACUGCGAUCGUUUCCUGCAUCUGAAUCGGAAGACACGCUCCCACAAACGAACGGUUUGCAAAGAGGAGGAGGAGGCCAUUCGUGUGGAGCUGCAUGAAUCUUGUGGCCGAACCAAGCUCUUUUGGCUGCUGGCCUUGGCCGAUUCCAAGACCCUAAAAGCAAUGGUGGAGUUUCGCGACGGCAGCCACACGAUCAUUUCGGGUCCCCAGGAGGCGGUGGGCAGAUGUCGGUUCUGUGGCCUAACCGGCAACUCUGGUCUGUUGGAGAUCGGCAAUGUGUGUGCAGAUGCCCAAUGCCAGGAGUACGCCGCCAACUCUUGUCUAAAGACCAAGCCAUGUGGCCAUGCGUGUGGAGGAGUGACGGGCGAGAGAAAGUGCCUGCCCUGCCUGCAGCACGUGUGCCAUGCGCGCGAAAACGAACUGGCAGAAGAACUGAGGGAUCCCAAGCUUACUCAGGAUGCGGACGACAUGUGCAUGAUCUGUUUUGUGGAGGCAGUGUCUUGUGCUCCUUCGAUACAUCUGGAGUGCGGUCAUGUGUUUCACUAUCAUUGCUGCAAGGCAGUACUGGAGAAGCGCUGGAGCGGACCACGCAUCACCUUUGGCUUCUCUCUUUGCCCCAUCUGCAAGGCGGACAUCCAGCAUCCCUUGUUGGCAGACAUCCUGGAGCCUAUCAACGGACUGAAACAGGACGUCAAGCGCAAGGCUCUCAUGCGAAUCAAGUACGAGGGCGUGGUGAAGGACACGGAUAGCAAGGAUGUCAAUAUGACCCAGCUGGCGAUGGAUCGGUAUGCCUACUACGUCUGCUUCAAGUGCCAGAAGGCAUACUACGGCGGUGAGGCACGUUGUGAUGCGGAGAUUGGCGAAAAGUUCGAUCCAGAGGAGCUGGUCUGCGGCGGAUGUUCGGAUGUGGCCAGAGCACAGAUGUGUCCAAAGCAUGGAACUGACUUUCUGGAGUACAAAUGCCGCUACUGCUGUUCGGUGGCGGUGUUCUUUUGCUUUGGAACAACGCACUUCUGCGAUACCUGCCAUGACGAUUUCCAGCGACUAACCAAUAUACCGAAGGUCAAGUUGCCGCAGUGCCCGGCCGGACCGAAGGCCAAACAGCUGCUGGGCGACGAGUGCCCGCUGCACGUAAUGCAUCCGCCCACCGGUGAGGAAUUCGCCCUGGGAUGCGGCGUCUGUCGCAAUGCCCAAACAUUUUAGCCAGACACUUGGAAUGGACCGAAUGACGAAUGGAAAGCCCAACAUGAAUCAGACGACGAGGAAGAGGAUGAUGACGACGACGAGGAGUUGGUACCGGAUAUGUGGGCGAGCGUUUGGUCUCAGUCGGACGACUCCCGGACAUAUUUAUAAAGAUCUAAAAGCCCCCAGAAAAUCCAAGACCCAGUACACUCCCGUGGAAAAAAAGGAUCUUUCAUUCCUUAGAUAUUAAUUCACUCAUCGGAAUGGAAAACGAAAAUGGAUAGAUAUUUUCUAGGAUAGCUGAUAUUUGAACGAUGGAUAUUGGAUUACAGAUUAGCAAAUAGCAAAUAGCGUUUAGCAUAUUUUACCCCAGGCAAUAUUAUUUUGUAACACACUCGACGAAAUCAAAGCGAAUCUCCUCCCAUUUAAUGAUCAAAAAGAAAAAUCUCACUAUUUAUUUAAUGUACAAUUCGGCGGAGUCGAGCGAGCGAGUGGGAGAGAGGGAGAACGAGUGCGGGAGAGAGCACGAGAAGUGUGUACAUAAAUCCUCCUGCCCCCUGACCACUGAUCUCUAUGACCUCCUCCUGUCACAAGUCCCUCGUCCUCGUCCCCCUGUCCUCGGCCCUCAACCUCCUCUAACUCCUCCUCCAUCUCCUCACCCUCACUCCAGCAAAAAUCACAUUAUGCUACAUUUAUAUAUAUAUUUGCAAAUAACUAAAUUAUAUAUAUAUAUAUUUAUUAUGAAUGCGACG